AUGCCAGCAAGGGAGAGGGCGUUAACUAAAAGGAACAUUACCGGCAGGUGGUCUGCCACUAGUUUGUUUCCUUUCAACCCUGAACAGCGCCUUCAGCGGCACGUACGGAAACUCGCGAGUACGGCCGAUUAUCCUUCGCUAAACGAGCUCCCCUCUAAGAUCAACCUAAAUUUCUGUUCCAGAUCAGUGGUGCUAGGGAAGGCAAAGAUAAUGAGCUAUGACGAUCUUGAAGAGGCACGAGCGAAGUGUGCCGCUAAAGACAAAGCUACCACAGACAAGAGUAAGGGCAAACGUUGCCGUAAGCGCAAGCCUUCCACACUGGAGGCAGAACUAGAGGCAGGGCUAGAGGCAGAGGAAGAGGUGGAUACAAUUUCAUCGAUGCCAAAGGACAAAGUCUAG